CAGGGCUCCCGGCCCCCGCGCCGGCUUCGCUGGACUUCCAUGGCCCCCCAUGGCCCGGACCUCGCCACCAAGCAGGCUUAGGGACAUCGGCUUUCCGCUUCCAGAAAAGUUGGGAGAAAGUGAAUUUGGGGUGGAUCGGGAAGUGGUGGCAGGUCCCAGGCUUCCUUCCCUUCCAGAAGCCUCACCCUGCACAGCCUCAACCAUUUUUCUUUUCCUGACAUCUGUCCUCCUCCCUGAGCCCUCUUUCUCUUCGCUCCUAAGCUUCCCUCCGUGUUGUGGGAUCAGCAUCUUCUCCUUCCUUAUCUCUUUCUCUCUCCUCCUCUCUAUUCCUACCUAUUUUCACCUUCUCCCUGUCAUUCCCCCCUUCUCCCCAUCUGAAACCUUUCCCUUUUCCCUCCAUUUCACCCAUCAAACCUCUCCACUUGCCCCACAUUGUCUAUCCCUCUCUCGGCCUCCUCCCCUUCCCUCCCAGCAAAGUCAGCCAUGGAUUCUGGGCCUGCCUGGGCUGCCAGCCCCACUCCUCUGGGCCCCUUCUCUGCCCCCAAUGCCACCACACCCUGGCUGGGCCGGGAUGAGGAGCUGGCCAAGGUAGAGAUCGGAGUCCUGGGCACCGUCCUGGUGCUGGCGACAGGGGGCAAUCUGACUGUGCUGCUGACCCUGGGGCAGCCCAGCCGCAAGCGCUCCCGCAUGCACCUGUUUGUUCUGCACCUGGCCCUGACUGACCUGGGCGUGGCCCUCUUCCAGGUGCUGCCCCAGCUGCUGUGGGACAUCACCUACCGCUUCCGGGGCCCUGACCUCCUCUGCCGGGCCGUCAAGUAUCUGCAGGUGCUUAGCAUGUUUGCCUCCACCUACAUGCUGCUGGCCAUGACGCUGGACCGCUACCUGGCUGUUUGCCGCCCCCUGCGCAGCCUCCAGCAGCCCAGCCAGUCCACCUACCGGCUCAUCGCUGCUCCCUGGCUGCUGGCUGCCAUCCUCAGCUUGCCUCAAGUCUUCAUCUUUUCUUUGCGGGAGGUGAUCCAGGGCACCGGGGUGCUGGACUGCUGGGCAGACUUCCGCGUCCCCUGGGGGCCUCAGGUCUAUAUCACGUGGACCACCCUGGCCAUCUUUGUCCUGCCCGUGGCCAUGCUCACGGCCUGCUACAGCCUCAUCUACCACGAGAUCUGUAAGAACCUCAAAGUCAAGACACAGGCCCGGAAGGGGGAAGGAAGGGGCUGGAGGACUUGGGACAAGACCUCACCUUCUGGCCCAGCUGCAGCCAUGCGGGGGCUGCCGUCCCGUGUCAGCAGCAUCAGCACCAUCUCCAGGGCCAAGAUCCAAACUGUGAAAAUGACUUUUGUCAUCGUGCUGGCCUACAUCGCCUGCUGGGCACCCUUCUUCAGCGUCCAGAUGUGGUCUGUGUGGGACAAGAAUGCCCCUGAUGAAGAUUCCACCGACGUGGCCUUCACCAUCUCCAUGCUCCUGGGCAGCCUCAGCAGCUGUUGCAACCCCUGGGUCUACAUGGGCUUCAACAGCCACCUGCGGCCGCGCCCCCUGCGCCGCCUGGCCUGCUGCGGGGGACCCCGGCCCCGGCCCCGCUCACGGCACUCCAGCGACAGCCCCUCCAGCCGCCGCACCACCCUGCUGACCUGCUCCAGCGGCCUGCGCACCCUCACCCUCAGCCCCAGACUCAGCAGGGACCCUGGGCCCGAAGGCUCACCGAAGGACUCGGCGCAGGUGGACGGCGAGGCCUCCACUGAGACCAUCGCCUUUUAGGGAACACUCGCCCGCGGGGCUGGCGGAGGAGCUCUGCUUAUCUCAGCACUGGGUGUAAAAGUUGGGAGGGCCAGGGUUGGAGUUAGGGGGAGCCCACUUUGAGGCAGGGUGAGGGGGCCAGAAUGGCCGUCCUACCCUUGGUAUUACAGGUGCCUCUGGCGGACUCUUGUUUGCUCCCAAUCUCCCACCUUGGGAAUCAGGGAGAGUCAAAGCCUCACUUCCCUGAUCCUGUGCAUUCACAGGGUGCCUGGGGGCCCACGCGUGUGGUGGGUGUGGUGCCCCAGAUCUCAGGCAGGCUGAGGGUGGCCCUGUCUGGGGGUCUGUAGGUGGCAGGGACUCGGGCUGCUCUCCCGCCUCGACUGUUUGUCCCCAUCCUAACCUGACUAGCACACCCAGCGCAACCAGGAGGGGGGAGAAGUGAGAAUCUGUGAGAAGGAUCCUCUUUCUCUGUCUAGAUCCCAGAUUUGUUUGUUUGUUUUGUAUAGGGAGGCUUCUUUCAUGAAGGAAACCGGGGGGGGGUUGUUUGAGCAGGAAUACCAGCUUUGCCCACUGUGCCCGCCUGUCUGCUGAAGGGAGGUGCACCUGUAACUGGUAGAAAUUCCACAAAUGCUCUUUUUUCUUCUCCCCAUAUCACCCACCCUUACAGGAUGGAUGACAGGGCAAAGUAAACCCUCAGGGGGGUGACCCCCUGGGAGGGAGUAGGUGAGGGAGGGAGGAAAGCAGAAAAUGAAGAUGGUCACAGUAAGAUGAAGAGUGGGCAAAGCCUCUGAGGCAGCACCCGUUGGUGGCUCUCCUUCCUCCCCCAAGGGAUCCACACGGCACCCUCCUCUGGGAUGGCCCAGGGGAGACAUCCUUACAAAAAGUGUGGCUAGAUCAUGACUCUAGACUUCCUUGAGGCUUUUCAGAGCUUCCCUACGAGCCAUGCGUUCUGUGAUGAAGUCAGGAGCCCGGGAUUUGAGACUCAGCUCUGCCGUCAGGUACCUGUAGGAACUUGGGCAGGUCCCCUCCCUUCUCUGGGCCUCUGUCUUCUCACCUGUUAGGCCAGAGAUGACCACUUAUGGAUCAUCAUGGACCUUGGUCUUUCCCAGCUCUGCCCUGUCAUGACUUUGCAAGACUGGGCAUGGGGUUACAGCAGAGCCCUUUCUAACCAGCAGGCUCUAGAAGAGUUGCUGGAUUUUCAUGACAAUGACAUUUAUACCCUUUGACUCAAUUCUGGUGGCUGUGGGUCCCACCAUGGUCAUACCAUCUACUUUUGCCCUCCAUUCUGUGAUGCUAAACCUGGGAGGGACAGCCGAGCAGCUAGACUUGGGGCUUUGCCCUGUGUGUCCUCAUGAUCAACAGUGGGAUUUAGAUCACAGGGUGGCUUCCCCACCCGAAUUCCGGAUUCUAAUCCUUGGUGGUGGAAAGAGCGUCAGCUGAAAAGUCAGGAGAACCGGGUCUUGGUUCUGCCGCGACUGAUGGCCAAUGUGGGGAGAAUGCUGGCUAAUCCUUCGUCUCUGUUACGAAGUCAAAUAGGACUGUGGAUGUAAAAGAGGUUGGAAGACCCAGGAGCUCUCUACUAGUGGAAGGGGCAGCUAAUCUAAUUAAGAGCUGCUGAGAGCAGCUCCAGGGAACAGGCUGUCCGCCCUCUACUCUUAGGAAACUGUAGGAAAUGGCUGUAACUUUGAGCUUUAAGAGGUCACUCAGCUCUGAGAAGCCUCCUUUGGCUUCCUUAGAAGAACCUAAACUGAGUGUUCUGAGUGAGCAAAGUGUCCCUAGCCUUCAAUGCUAAAGAACUGGGGAGUGGGACACAGACGCUAAUGGGACCAAGGCUCAAGGCAGAUGUGAGGGCCCACGGUCUCUCUACUGCGUUCUGUUGCCCAUGUGAGCCCCUGACAUUCAACCACUUCUUCCUUGUCCAUCCAUCCUGGAGGAGCUGGGCUUAGGAGCCUCCCAUGCCAGCAUGAGCUGCUGAAGUUUCCUGCCCUGCAUAUGUAAGCCACCGCCCCUCACACCACGGUUCCUCUUCCUCGUGCCCAAGUCAGUACCAGGUAAACCGUUGCCCGUCGUGAUGACUGGGAGAAGGGACACCAGUUUUGUACUUCAAAGACUUGGCUUUGAGUCCUGCUCUCAUUGCUUUUUUGUCCGUAUGAUCUUGGACAAGUCCUCUAAUCUCUCUGAGCAACAGUUUCCUUGUUAAAUAGAAACAACAAUGCCUACCUUGUUGGGCAAGGGAGCCAUAAGAUCAUAGACCAUAGAACACUCUACAGGGAAGAUAAUGAUGGCCCAGCUCCGCACUGCAUCUGGAGGCUAACCUCCUAUGGGAAGCGUGGAGGAGGGUCUCUGUUGUCUGGCGUUAAUCUCACUUCUGACAGCUAACCCCAGGAGAAAUGGAACCGUGCUGCCUCCGAGAUGGGCACUUUUGUGAAAUGUUUAUGCCAUCCUGUGGAUUCUGUGGAAUACAGCACAUCAGUGCUUUAGAACGCAUGUGGGAGCAAGGGAUAAGGGGUGGGCAGGGCGGAGAACGGCAGGAGGUGAACUGACCUUCUAUGGAGGUUUCUCAGAAUGGUUUUUUAUGUUGUUUGGUAUAGGCCAGUAAGUUUCCAGAUGUCUGUGUCUGUGUUUUGUAUGUAAAUAGGUCUUUUAUUUAUCAAGGGGCUCUAGACUCAGUCCAGGCUGUGGUAAGCUUCCUCCUGGGUCAGAAAUCCAGAGAUGGGGUUAAAGUUGACCAAUAAAACUCCUUAAUAACCAGGAAAUUUCUGGGCAUAUUUGUUUCCUAGGAGCAGGGACAACGGGACAUUCAAGCUGAAAUAAGAUUUGCUCUCCUUGAUGAUGGGGAAGAGAGUUUGAAGGGGUGGGGAGUGACCUUCACCCACAUAAGAGGGAAACGGGAGUGUCCUGGGAUUGGCCCUGAAGUCACAAGGUGGCAGUGUGGAGCUAAAAGUGAG